CGAAGAGCCAAGUGCCUGCAGAGAGGCGUCAUCAACCUUGCAGACACCAGGGGGACAGCUCCAGGGGUGUACACCUCCCUAGAUGGAGACCACUGUGGAGGGUCUGGGUGAGAAUACCACAGACACUUUCACUGACUUCUUUUCUGCACAUGAUGUCUAUGAAGCCCAAACCGUCCCUUUACCAUUCACUUUCAACUAUGGUGACUAUGACAUCACCUCGGAUGAUGAGGAAGAUGUGACCAACUCUCGAACUUUCUUUGCUGCCAAAAUUGUCAUUGGCAUAGCUUUGGUGGGUAUCAUGCUGGUGUGUGGCAUUGGCAACUUCAUCUUUAUCACUGCCCUGGCCCGCUACAAAAAGCUUCGCAACCUCACCAACCUGCUUAUUGCCAACCUGGCAAUUUCGGACUUCCUGGUGGCCAUCGUGUGCUGCCCCUUUGAGAUGGACUACUAUGUGGUACGCCAGCUCUCCUGGGAGCACGGCCAUGUCCUGUGUGCCUCUGUCAACUACUUGCGCACUGUCUCCCUCUACGUCUCCACUAAUGCCCUACUGGCCAUUGCCGUUGACAGGUAUCUGGCCAUUGUGCACCCGCUGAGACCGCGGAUGAAGUGUCAAACAGCCGCCGGCCUGAUCUUCCUGGUGUGGUCUGUGUCCAUCCUCAUUGCCAUCCCAGCCGCCUACUUUACCACUGAGACAGUGUUGGUCAUCGUGGAGAGCCAGGAGAAGAUCUUCUGCGGCCAGAUCUGGCCAGUGGAUCAGCAGUUCUACUACAGAUCCUACUUCCUUUUGGUCUUUGGCCUCGAGUUCGUGGGCCCUGUAGUUGCCAUGACCCUGUGCUAUGCCAGGGUGUCCCGGGAGCUCUGGUUCAAGGCGGUGCCCGGCUUUCAGACAGAGCAGAUCCGCCGGAGGCUGCGCUGCCGCCGCAGGACAGUGCUGGGGCUCGUGUGCGUCCUCUCUGCCUAUGUGCUGUGCUGGGCUCCCUUCUAUGGCUUCACUAUCGUGCGUGACUUCUUCCCCUCCGUGUUUGUGAAGGAGAAGCACUACCUCACCGCUUUCUAUGUGGUGGAGUGUAUCGCCAUGAGCAACAGCAUGAUCAAUACUCUGUGCUUUGUGACUGUCAGGAAUAACACCAGUAAGUACCUCAAGAGGAUCCUGCGGCUGCAGUGGAGGGCCCCUCCCAGCGGGAGCAAGGCCAGCGCCGACCUCGACCUCAGGACCACAGGGAUGCCUGCCACUGAGGAGGUGGACUGCAUCCGACUGAAAUAA